AUGGGUUCUGGAAUGGCUAAAUAUUCUGAUUACGACCCUUAUUAUAAGCGACGACGAGGAGCUCGAGUAAACUCUGAUGUGGAAAAAUGUUUUUCCAAAGAAUAUUGUGAAUAUUGGAAAGUUGAGCCGAAGAAAGUAGUUGGUGAGAACUUCCUCAUAAAUAGAAAUGAAUAUGGUACAUCAAAUAAGAGUUAUUAUGAGCCUCGAACAAAGCUUCAUCAGCGAUCAUCACAGUUUGUAUCGUCAUUUUCAUCAUCUUCCUCAUCAGACAAGUCGUCAGGCUAUUCGAAUCAGCGUUAA